AUGGAGUUCAACGCGCUAGUCUGGGCGAAGGCUCACGAUGGGCAAUGGCACAGGGGCACCGUCAUCUCGAGGGAGGAGACCGGCAGUCUUCGCCACAUAAAGGUUGUGCUCGACGACAAGGAGGAGAAGGUGUACACGCUGACGGCUGCCCAGGCGGACGAGGGAGAGGGAACGGAGCACCUGAAGCUGAGGAACGUCAAGGGCCAAGGCGGGGCGAGUAUCGAAGAAGGGCCGGGGGUGGAUGACCUUAUCGUGCUGACACAUCUGCACGAGCCGGCCAUCCUCUACACGCUCCACCAGCGAUACAUCGAGGACGUGAUUUACACCUACACGGGCCCCAUCCUCCUGGCCAUCAACCCCUUCUGGAGGGUACCGCUGUACACAAAUGAGAUUCUCGAACAGUACCGGCGGGAGGGCAAGGCCAAGGCCUUCGACCCGGACUACCUGUCCCGGCUCCCCCCCCACGUGUACGCCAUCGCAGACGAUGCCUACCGGCUGAUGAACAACCCGACCUCGGAGAACCAGAAGAGAAAUCAGUCCAUCCUGGUGAGCGGGGAGUCCGGAGCGGGUAAGACCGAGACGACAAAGAUCGUGAUGAAGUACCUGGCCAUCCUGGGAGGGCAUGACUCGGAAGCGCUCCUGGCAGGGGACGACUCCGUCAAGUCGAUCGAACAGCAGGUAUUGCAAAGCAAUCCCAUCCUCGAGGCGUUCGGAAACGCCCGCACGGUGCGAAACGACAACUCGUCGCGGUUCGGCAAGUUCAUCCAGAUCGACUUCGAUAAGGACGGCUUCCUCAUCGGGGCAGGCAUUAGAACGUUCCUGCUGGAGAAGAUCCGGCUGGUGCACACCUCGGAGGGGGAGCGCAACUUCCACAUCUUCUACCUCAUGCUGGCCGGCACGAGCGACGAGCAGAGGGCGGCCCUCCACCUGCAGCCGGACCCGCGGGUGUACCACUACAUCAACCAGAGCAGCUGCUACGAACGGAGAGACGGCGUGAUGGACUCGGACCUUUGGACGGAGCUUAACAAGGCUAUGAAGGUGAUGGACGUUAGCGACGAGGACAUGUCGCAGGUGUUCAAGGCCGUGGCGGGGGUACUGAACUGCGGCAACGUCAAGUUCCGGGAUGUGCUUGACAACGAUAAGACCACGGAAGUGGUGGGGGUCUUGGACGAGCAGGCGGACGCUAAGGAAUAUGCCAGGCGCGCUGCCGAGCUGCUUGGCGUGGAUCCGGUAACGCUGGUCAACGCCAUGUCUUUCCGCCGUAUCAAGGCGGGGCAUGAGUGGUUCACGGUGUACCUGGACGCGAAGAAGUGCUACCACCUAAGGGAGGCGUUGUGCAAGUCCAUCUAUUCGGGGUUGUUCGACUGGCUCGUCGCCAAGAUCAACCACACGAUCGACAAGCAGAGGGGGAGGAACCGCGACGAGACGAGCCCUUCCAGCCCCGGCAGCAGCUUCGCGUGGGGCCAGUCUCAGUCUCCGAAGCCGGUGUCGACGACAGCGGGGGGUAAGACCUUCAACAGCGUCGUCGGGGGCGGCGGGGCAGGCGAUGCCGUUCCUGACAAGAAUAUGUUCAUUGGUCUCCUCGAUAUCUUCGGAUUCGAGUCGUUCGAGCACAACUACUUCGAGCAGUUCUUGAUCAACUACGCGAACGAGAAGCUGCAGCAGCAGUUCAACCAGUUCGUGUUCGAGGUGGAGCAGGAGGAAUACCGCAGCGAGGGGAUCAAGUGGGACUUCAUCGAGUUCCCCGACAACAAGGACUGCAUCACCCUGAUCGAAGCCAAGCCGGCGGGCAUCCUGGCCCUCCUCGACGAGCAGUGUCUCGUGCCCAAAGGAACCGACAAGUCCUUCGCGUCCAACAUGUACAACCGCCUCACGCAGCACAAGCCGUUCAGCGUGCCGCACGCCGACAAGGUGGACUACAAGUUCAUGAUCCACCACUACGCGGGCAACAUCGUGUAUCACACGGAGGGUUUCCUGGAGAAGAAUCGCGACAUGCUUCACCAGGAGGGGACAGACCUGCUCAAGAGCUCCUCGUCGGAGUUCGUCCGCAGCUUUGGCGCAAGAAAGGGGACGGUGGCCUUGCAGGCCCAGGUGCGGGGCCACCAGGCGAGACUAAAGGUGCUGGCGCUCCGCUACCUCAACGCCUGCCUCAUGGCUCAGAGGAUCGUAAGGGGCUUCGUCAAGCGAACUCAGUACAAGCGAACCAAGGAUGCGGCGUUGAAGGUGCAGUCGUGGGGGAGGAUGUCGGUGGUUCAGAGAAGCUACCAGAAGGACCGCUCGAGGGCGAUCACGGUGCAGUGCCUGGCGAGGACGAGGUCGGCCAAGUCAGAGCUGCGGAAACGUAAAAAGGAGAAGGAGAACGUCGAUGCCUUGCAGGCCAAGAUCAAGGCCUACGAGCAAGCGGCGAAGGCGAGGGAGGCGGAGUUACGGCGGGAGCAGGAAGCGGCUAUCGCUCGGAUCAAGGCCGAAGCGGAGGCGACGGCCAGGGCGGAGAUGCGGGAGAAGGCGCGGCUGGAGGAGGAGCGGAGGGUACGAAAAGACCACGAGGCGAAAGUCAAGGUUCAGGAGGAGAAGAUGGAGAAGGACGCGGCGGAGAUGAAGGCGAGGAUAGAGGAGGAGUACCGAGUCAAGGCGGAGACCGAGGCGCGGGCGAAGAUCGAGGCGGAGCUGGCGGCCGAAAGAGCGGAGGCCGAGAGCAAAAAGGCAGCCACCGCCGCCGCUGCCAACGGGGGCACGGCAGCCGGGACCGCGAACGGGGGGGUAGGGGCCGGGUCGAGCCACAGCAACGUGAGGGGGGGGCUGCGGCUCGCCAGCCCCGGAGGGUCGAGCGACGGGACCGAGAUGAACUCCCUCUCGGCGCGGUCGAGCGAGGCGGGGGUGGGGGGGGGUGGGGGGGGUAUCACGGACCUCAACGGGCCCCCCUUCUCGGGCGGGAGGAUGCUGGACGUGUCGGAGGCGGAGGAGAUGAACGCCGCGAUCAAGCAGCUGUACCUCAAGACGCCCGCGGGGUCGACGCCGUUCGUGCUGUUCAAGGCCAGGCUGAGGACCAGCAGGAGGGAGUGGCACAUCGAGAGGCGUUACAGCGACUUCGUGUGGCUACAUGAGGCCCUUGUUGAGGCGCGGCAGACAGAUCUUCCCGAGCUUCCCGCGCGACGGCUGUUCGGCGACCCACUGGACAAGGACUUUCUCAAGGGCCGUCAGAUGGCCCUGGACUUCUACCUGACGGGUUUGUUAGCCAAGUACCAGAAGUGGCUGGUUGAGUCCCCUGCCAAGAUGGAAAUCAGGCUGGACCAGACGGGCAACAUGAUGAAGGAGAUGGUGGCACGACAGACGUUGGUGGCCUUCCUGAAUCCCAACCAGGAAUCUCUUCAUCGGGAGGAUGAUAGCGUGAUGGGGGCAAUGUCCGGAUUCAUGCGAACCUUGCGACGUUGAUGAUACAUCCCUCAGAAUUUUUCUGUCUCUCUUUUUUCAAAUCAUAACGGCAAAUUGCGCAGCGAGCGUUGACUUUUUUAUCGGUUGCAGCGGCGGCGGCGGCAGCAGCAGCUGCUACAGUGACAGCAGCAGCAGUAGCAGUCAAUCGUCGAGAAAAAAUAAACUGUGGGGGAGAAAUGGGGAGCUCCUCAAAAAGCGUUCCGAGGAAUUUGAUUGACUGACUCCUGUCUGGCGGCGGAAGGAAAAUAUGUGAGAGAGAGCGGGCAGUUGUGGUGCAUCGUACGGUACGGCAUGGGGGAGUUCUUUAUGGACGGAUAGCUGCGUUUUUUGGGGGUCUUGGUAGAAGAAGGAAGUUUUUCCUCGUUGAGUGACGACGAGAAUUGCGAGUGGGUGCCUGGCAUUGUGGGGAGGAUGCAGAGGCCAGCCGCAGAGGUGUGGGGGUCGGGGAGGAAGAAACAGCAGCAGCAAUAACGAACUGGGGUAUUUUGACCGGUUGCUUCCAUUUAAACGAAAAAUCUUUUCUGUUUUUUGUUUUUGUUUUUAUUUCUCUCUUUUGCCUACCAUACGUUAUUCUUGAGUCCUCAACGAUUGAAGGCUAGCUAGUUUUGCACGUCUCUUGUGUUUUUUUUAAAAGGGGGGUUUCUCUAUUUUAGCUCACCGUCGUGUUUUGUUGCACCUUCGUGUGUAACGUGCGUUCCUUUUGCUUCUGGCGCGCGACACACACUCAGGCGCUGUUGCCAUGAUAGAAGGGGUAGCCUGAUAUCCAUGAGCGGGUAUUACGUUUCGUUUCUGCUUCCUGCCGUCUCCCGCUAUCCGCCCCACCCACUCCCGCGUUCCCAGCUACCCUGGUCGGAAGAAAUGCUUGUUUGUGACAACAGCAUGGUGGGUGACGCUGCUGCAAGUGUUCCAUGGCGUGCACGGAUAACCGCACCGUAUAAAACCCGUCCGUUGUUUCUAGAUCGGUAGGCCGACACUUAUGCCGGGUCCACGCGACGAUUUAUUGGGAGGGAGUGGGGGCGGGGGACCAAGGUCUCUAGUUUUCGUGUAAGCUUCUACUUGGUGAUUACGAUCUGCCUCUUCUUGGCUGAGCCGCUUGGUGGUAGGCGUUUCACCCUUAGGGUUUCCACCUUGAAGAAGGCGUGUUCGUCGAAGAAAAAAUUAAAGAAUCUGCAGCAGCAGCACCAGCUGGCGCCUUCUCUUUUGUCCCUCGGGCGUGUUUCUGCUUUUCACUCUUGUAGGCGUUGUAUUCGUCGAAGAUUAAUUUCGUCGUGAGCAGCAGCAGAAGCUGGUACCUCUGUGAGCAGCAGAUGGUACCCGGGCGUUGUCUGCUCAUGGACGCGUUAAGCACGAAAGCAAAACUGCCACCACGGACGGCGAAUUGAAUUGUUGUGGGUGUUGUGAGAUAUUUCUACGCGCGCGGGUGUACCGUCGUUGGUUGCCGUCAGGUUUUUGGGAGGCGCGGCAGCAUCGGUUCAUUGAGUCAGAGGGCAAGAUUCGUUCACGCGGGGGAAAAAGUGUACCCUUCGACG